CUUGCACCCAACGGCAUCAGCAUCGCCAUGUUCCUGUGCAAGAAUAAGACUUUUACCAUUCUCACAACAACUCCAAUCAUGUAAUCCUGUAACACUUAUUGGUUCCGCAACGGUAUAUAAAGGUGUGCAUGCUGACAUGCCAAGUAGCACUCAUCUGCACGCUUUCUCAUUCCAUCGCCAUGUCUGGUAUCGAUGCAUGUAUCAAGGUCGCACAGUUGACCGCUGCAGCAGGCGAAAUGGCUCCGUUUCCCUUUAUCAAAGGUGCUGCCGAAUGUGUGGUCCUCGUACUCGAGUCCAUCAGGGGCGUCUCGAAGAAUAAGAAGGAUAUGCAAGAAUUGGCUGAAAGUAUCGUCGCUAUACUGGUUGAUAUAAGGGACACCAUCAUCGAACAUGGUCCGACUAGUGCCACGCGUUUUCAGACGAUCUGCGUCGAGUAUCAGACGCGUAUAACUGAUCUCCUUUCCGAGCUGAACAGCAAACGCAGGUUUCCACAGGGAAUCUGGAAAUACUUGAGAGCCACGAAGGUCUCGGAUGAUAUCAACGAUUUACAGCAGCGAGUACGGGCGAUUCAGAAGUCCUUCCUGGUCCGUACGGCGACCAUGACACAACUAGCCGUCUCCGAUGUUCAGGAUCAAGUUGCCGCAGGAUUCAGCACUCUGACUGGUUCCGUUGAGGCGUCGGAGAGGCAAAUCACAUCAACCAUCAAGGAAAAUAUCGACGAGAUACGCACCUUGGGUGCUCGGCAAAGCGAAAACAUGGAAAAUCUUUCGACAAGAUUACUACAGGCUUCUCAUCAACGGGGUCUUUAUAAGGGGCUGGUCUGGGAUUUCAUUCCAGGCGACAUCCGCAUAAUCAAGCCAGUAACUCGUUCAUUAGGAAGCUAUUGUACAACUCGUACUGUUACAUACAAGGACAGCUAUGGCACCGUCGAGAACAGCGAUACAUGGAAGAUCAUUCGCGAAUACCAAGCUCUUGGUGAUAACGGAGAGGAUGCGAUGAAACAACUUGAUAAAGCCCUCGACAUCUUCAUGAAACUAAAGAGACACCCAAACGUUGCCCAGAUCUUUGGUGUAUGCAGGUCACCUAAUCUUCCGGUGAUCAUAUUCCAUGGCACAACAAGAGUCCCUUUCAGCCAUUAUCAACAUAACUUGACUGCGAAGCGGUUCCUACCAUUCUAUUAUGAGUUGGUAAAGUGUAUCCUCUGUGUUCUGAGUAAAGCAGCUGACCUCCGGGUGCCUGUAGAUUCAAGAUCUACGGGUAUGUCUGGCAAGAGUUCCAUGGGCUACAGUUCAAGAACUAUUCUUACAGUCGGUCUUGAAAUUUUGGCCACGUUCUCUCUCGCGUACGUGCACCACAUAUCCCGUCAGUAGUUUCGUGAAUGAUUUUCCUGUGUACUAAACGUUUUGAAGGAUGAGAAUGCACUCUAUGUCAAUGAGUAUGACAAAAUUGUAUUUGGAGACCUACCUUAUAGCUAUUACGAUCUCAACUUGUUCUAUUUGUCUUUAACCGGAGCCAGAAUGUUGCACGUCCUCUUUGCUUACAAUACACGCGACUUGAUCGAACAGAGUCGAAGCAGGAGAUGGAUGUGGCGAAGCGGAGGUUUACGAGAUCAUUAUGACGCUAUUGAGUUUCUUUAUAUGCGAGGUUGCCCAGACGAGGAGCAGUCGGACGAGGAGCACCCCUAUGCGCAGGGC